AUGUCUGCGGCAAAUCUACUCGACAAAUACCAACAUCAACCUGUACCUCAGAGCUACAAUGCCGGCUUCGUCGCUCUUAGCUGCGUCGUCAGCCUCAUCGGUGCUGCCUCGACUCUCGAGCUGAUCAGUCGCCGGACGGGGUCAAAAGGACUCUUCAACCAAGUGCUCCUUGUGAGCUCAGCCGUCACUAUGGGCGGCAUCUCCAUUUGGUGCAUGCACUUCAUCGGCAACACGGCUAUCAUCAUGGCCAACGGAGAGACAGAGCUGCAAAUACAGUUCUCGAGCGGCUUUACCGCAGUCUCCUUCUUCGUUCCCAUCGUUGUGCUCCUUGCUGCCUUUGUCGCCGUUGGUACGAAUAACGCUGUGUCUUGGCGGAGAGUCGCGGCCGGCGGUGUCCUCUGCGGAGUUGCCAUCUGCGGGAUGCACUAUCUUGGAAAUGCUUCGAUUAGCAAUUACGUAUGCAUCUAUCAACCAGCAUAUAUCGUCGGCGCUGCAAUCAUCUCCAUUAUUGCGAGUACGAUAGCUUUGGCCAUCUUCUUUAUAUUCCGGGCCAUGUGGGUAACCUCGUGGCGGAAGCGUACUAUUUCUGCUGUUGUGCUUGCGAGCGCUGUUUCUGGGAUGCACUGGUGUGCAGCUGUUGGGACUCGGUAUCGGCUCAUCCACAUCAAGUCCAAGGACAACAAGCUGUCACGGAGCGCAACCGUUAUUGUUGUCAUCUGCCUGUCUCUCGGUGCUAGUGCUAUCAUGGCCGGAUUGGCGAUUCUCCGCGCCAACAACAUGCGGAAGUCCGCCCUUCGUGCGCAGCAGAUUACCUUGGCUGCUGCUGUAUUCGACAAAGACGGAAGGAUACUCGUUGAUCCCGAUGGAUUGAUCCCUAGUACAGUCAUGGCAGACUCGUUCUUGGAGAAGAAUACGAAAGAAGGCUUCACCACCGCUCAUCCAUUAUUCCAUUGGAUGUUCCAAGCCUCGAGAAACUGGGGGGGUAUAUCUAGACUGAUUGACGGUAUGAGCCAUCAUUUGACUCAGUUAUCAGACCCGGGUUCUCACGGCAAAGGAAGACACGGCAUCCAGUUGAUGAACGAGCAUGGCGAGAUAAUCGAAGGCUACGAUGUUGUCUUUCGCGAGUUGUUUUGUCUAGCAGCUGCUGCGCUGAGCCAUCGACUGCACGAGGAUCUUGCCUCUGUCGGACUUCUCUGGGAUGAGAUCCUCCCAACAGGAUCGGGGCCUAAACGAGCCCACGAGCGAGCCGACGUAGAGAGUGGCUUCGACUGGCAGCAGGGAUACGCCCGCGGAUCGCUCAUCGUCCUCGUUCGCCGCGUCAACUCUGAUAGCGAGGCAGAGCGGUUGAUCUCAUCCGGUCACUGUUUUGCCGACCUCCGACAGGUCUGUGACAUCAUCAGAUGCAGCAUGCAGAUCCAAUCCGCCGACUUCGAGGCGAAGCUGCGAGACAUGGCUUCCUAUGCGACGGAACAAGAUCGAGUCCCGCCUGGUGUGCACUUGGGUUUCUUUGCCAUCAGACCGCGAGUCAAGCUCGGAUUUGAGGUGCUCGUGAGAAAAGGGUCAAGGCACGUCCUCCCGUCCACGGCGCUUCCCAUGGAGAGAUUCGAGCCAUGGCAAGCGGAAUUCCUGAAGCAUUUCCAAGACUUGACGGUGGUGAAGCUUCUUCAAAGGCUAGGGGACAGUGCUUCGAACCGAUCCCCCCGCGAAACCGAGUUCGCCAUGCAGCUUAGCGAUGCGAUUGAAUCUCUGCGCGAGUUUGUUCAAGAGCCCUUCUUCGAAGAUGCUACCUUUUCGCCGACCAUUGUGCGUCUGCAUAGUCGCCAAGCGGAGACAUUCAUGAUCGCACUGCGACUGGUAGUCCCUAUUCAUUCAGUGCCGUCUGGUCCCAACUGCGAAUUAGCAACUCUGGGCUUUUUCAAGAUGCGUCAGGUAGCUGAACGAUUCCAGCAGGGGUUCAUGGAAGACGUGCACCGGGAGUUUUGGCCUAUCAUAAAGGCAACUGGAACUCAUACCGAUGGGUCCCAAGACAGACAAUCGGGCCUCUUGCCCAAGUUACGGCGUUUUGGAAGCUCAGAGACAUCGAGGUAUUCCGACUCUGUCCAGACAAGCUCAACGGUCAACUUCUGUUCACCUGAUGGAGGAAAGCGCUCGCAGUCAAUCGGUACAAUCGAUGACACUGAGUCGAAUGCCUCUCGGGAAAAGAUUCAGCAGUCGCCACCAUCAUAUGGUGGUAUCAUGGUGUCCCAAGAAAUCACGAUCAAGGUUGAAGGCGGACACUCAGACGCGAAUGCGUGUCAUGAGCCGCCAGAAGUCCAGAGCGCUGGAAUCACCAACGCAGCAUCAAAGACGUCAGGAAUACAACUGAGACCCAUGGACCAUAUAGGGACUAACAUUCAGGCCGGGUCGUGGGGCGAGACGGAUAAUCAUAAGAUGGGCGCUAUAGUGUCAUUUGUGGAUAUAUUUUUGGCGGAAUGUAUGAAGGGUCGUUGAGUAAUAGUACUCUCUUGAUUUGAUCAAAUGUUGAAUGGUUCGAUAUGGGCUUCGUGGAAGUCUAGUAGUUCUUCUGCCACGUCUCCGUCCCGAUGACACAAGAGAACAACAUCAUUG